AGCAUUGAACUUAAUCUAUUAUGUCUACAAGUCAUAAACAUUCUCAAACACAAUAAGUAAUUGAUUCUAAUCCUUAAUCUCCACCUGCAUGUCAAAAACCCAUCACUAAUAAGCUUUGUAUAGUAUUCUAACCCACUUCAACUUGUAUUGGCUUAAUUCCAGAGUCAUUUUAAACCAUGAAAUUACCAUCUUACGUGUAAUUAAGCUACAAAAGCAGUAACUUGUACUUACCACACAAACCCAUUGCUAGCUUGGGUGGAACUUCUUUGGAUUUCCUUCAAUUUCUUCACUGGUUGAUCAGCAGCUCCUUAACUGUUACUUUCCUCUGGGUCGGCCCAUAAACACAAAUAUAUACCAGUUGCUAAGUAGGAAACACUGUAAAAAGAUGAGAACAGAAGCUGUCCUUCGCAAACCUUUCUUCCUCUUCCUCUUUCUUGGUUGUAAAAAGAAAAUGAAAGGAAGAAUGGAAGAUUUUAGUUGUGUUAAAAAGACUGAAGGAGAAAUUCCUCAUUCCCAGGUACCUGAAAAGAUUGUGCCCAAUUUUGAGAUUGACAGUUCUUCGUCUUCUGGUUCUCGUCCAAAUAUUUGCCUAGAACCUUCAGAAAAUACAGAUAGGUAUCUGGAUGGUGCACAGCCAUUGGAACGUGAAUAUGCUCAACCAGCCAUUCCUGGAACAGAUUUGGCCCCCACUCAAUCAGACGAGGGCAAAAGUGAUAAUCAUGCUGAAGCACCAGUUUACUCGUUGGCGUCCAUUGAAGAAUUAUUGGAAGAUGAUUCUUAUAAAUCAUUUUCUUUCUUCUUACCUCCUAAUACCGUAGAUGAGCUUCUCAGUGUCGACUUUGAUAAAGGAAAAAGUGAAGACACUGAUCGUGUUAAAGAGGCUCAAGUAGCAUGUCCAUAUUCGCAAGGCCAAGAGAGUGAUGAGAUUGAUGUUUCGAGCAUUCCCUCUGAAGGGAAAUUGGAUAUCCAAGUUAUAAAUGCUGCUGAAAACUAUAGUGACAGUGAUGAAGCAAAUUAUCUUCGGCGUUUUAUCAAAAUACUGUGUUCCGGCUCCAGUGCCACUAAUCCUGUCACCAGCAGCUUAGAGGAUGCAUCCCAGUUGAGCAGUAAAAUCAGUUCAUUGCUGGAGGAGGACAACAAAGAAUUGGACCAGAUGUUAAAGACUGGUUCAGGAAUGGAGUUUUCCGUUGAAAAAUUAAAGGACCAGCUGCUUCAGAAGCAACUGAAAGAGAAGUUGCUUGUAUGGAUCUUACAGAAGGAUGCUGAAGGUGGUAAAGGCUGUAGCAUAUUGGAUGAGGAUGGACAAGGUGUUCUACAUUUGGCAGCUGCACUUGGCUAUGAUUGGGCUUUGGAGCCUACUAUAGUUGCUGGGGUAAGUGUUGAUUUCCGUGAUGUGAAUAGAUGGACUGCACUUCACUGGGCAGCAUUUUGUGGCAGAGAGAACACAGUGGCUACCCUCAUUUCACUGGGUGCAGAUCCUGGAGCAUUAACAAAGCGAUCACCAGAAUAUCUUGGUGGCAGAACACCUGCCGAUCUGGCCUCUGCCAAUGGACAUAAAAGAAUUGCUGUAUACCUUGGAAAACCUUUGGGUGUCAGCCUUUCAUGCACAGCUGCAAUUUGCGAAGAUCUGCCAAGGGAAACUCUAGUUUUGCCAAGGGAAGUUUGGCAAAGGGAAGCUGAACUUUUGCGAAGGGAAGAAGAAGCUUUGCAAAGGGGAUAUGAAUUAUGGCCUUUUCUAAAAGCCCAAAACCAGAGUAAGAAAAUGAAAGAGGAUGAAGACGAGGACGAGGGGCCAGACGACGAAGGGCCGGAGGGCAGAGGGCCGGAGAAGGACGAGGGACCAGAGAAGGAGAAAGAAGAGGGAAAGAAGCGAGCUCCAGACUCUGCUUGGGAGAGUGGAAAGGCAAACAAGAUUUUGAAGGCACAUUUAGCAUACAUGGCUCUGUUGACCGCAUAUUACGUUGUGCAAAGCAUGGAGACAAUCCACAUGAUUGUGUUGGUAUGUGUUGAGGCUUCUAAAAAAACUGAAGAAAGAAAGCUUUCUUAUAUUGAUGAUGGAUUUGAACUGUCAGCGAUUCGCGAAUAGGGAAGGAAACACCGGCGGAAUAAAGUGUGUGUUUCCGUAUAUGUUGGUUUUACCUCCAUUGAUCUGUUUGAGCAGGAGUGAUGUUGAUGUAGUAGUAGGACGGCUGGCUUUGGGGGAAUUUAUUAGGGAUGAAUUUAGGGUUUUCUUUGAGAUAUGAUUGCUUAUGUAAACAGUAACAAAUGAUUGUACACUUGGUGCAAUGGUUUGUAGGUUCCACCAAACCGCUACGAUAUCGUUUUUUUUUUUUUGGUGGAGUAUGCAGGUAUUGUAGUUAGUGAUGUAGUAUCAGGAGUUCAAUGUUUGGUAUGAAGCUCUAGUAUCCUUAACUUAAUAAAGCCUUAUCCUACUUGGGUGUGGGAGCUAAUUCUUCCUUGAUUCCAGCCAGGUUUGUCCUUAACUCUCUUUUUCUUAGUUGUGGCUUUAGAUCUUUCAAUUCUUUGAACAAUGAACAUGUCCCAUUUCUGUCUCCUUAUGUAUAUUUUGUGUUUACUCCUUUCACUGUCAAUGCUUGUUUUUGAGUUGUCCUUCAAGAGAACAGUUGUUUUCAUUAGGGUAAUAAAGAUGUUACGAUUUG